AUGGCGAUCGACGACUCGAUGCAAGCGCGCAUCACCACCGACUGCCCGGAAGAGACCAGGCAAAUUCUCCUUCACGCCUGGAGCCAUGAUACCACCGAGUUGAAGAAGCUGCUCGACGCCCCGGGCAAGGCGAGCACGCAAGACCCCACGACCGGCGAGACUCCCCUGCACGCUGCGAUCCGCGCCUGCGGCCAAUUCAAGGAGGACGACGAUGUCGAGGAGGCCAAGGAGACGGUCGAAGAGCUUUUCCUGAAGGGAGCGAUCUGGAACGACGUCGACUCCAACAACGAGACGCCGGGCUGUCUCGCACACCGCCUGGGCCAGACUGAGCUCUACAGGCUCUGCCUAGAGGCCGGCGUGCGCGCCGAGCUGCUCUUCGGCCUCCUGGACGGCUACGAGGAGCUCUCUUCUGGCGACGAGAUGGACGAGGACGAGGUCGAGGUCACCAAUGGCGAGAACGGCGAGAGCGCUGCCCAAGAAGCGGAAGCAUCCGAAGAAGCCCCUGAACUCGUCGCGGUGGCAGAGCCGGAGAAGAAGUUCGUGCCACCCACCGUCGCCGACCCGGACGUCAACUCCGAAGAGUACCUCCGCUCGAACCUGACCUACUCUGAGGGCAAGCUGGUCGACGACGGCGGCAACGGCGUCAUGAUGGCUUGGGAGACGGAAAUCAUGCGCAAGAGCGUCGACGCCGUCCUGCCGGGCCUGGCCGUCGGCAAGCGCAUCCUCAACGUCGGCUUCGGCAUGGGCAUCAUCGACGCCAUGUUCGCCGAGACGCAUCCCUCCAGACACCACGUCAUCGAGGCGCACCCGGAAGUGCUCGAGCACAUCGACAAGCCGGACUCCAAGUUUGGCGCGGCGUGGGAGGCGAGCGGCCCCGAGGAGGGCGCCUACAAGAUCCAUCGGGGCCGGUGGCAGGACAUCGUGCCCAAGCUGCUCGAGCAGGGUGAGAUCUACGACGCCAUCUACUUCGACACCUUUGGCGAGGACUAUGGUCAGUUGAAGAUGUUCUUCACCGAGUACAUCCCCGGCUUGAUGGAUGAGGCGGGCCGUUUCAGCUUCUUCAACGGGUUGGGAGCUGAUCGCAGGAUAUGCUACGACGUCUACACCAAGGUCGUGGAGAUGCACGCGGCGGACGCGGGCAUGGACGUUGAGUGGGACGAGAUGGACGUGGAUAUGAAGGGUCUUGAGGAGGCAGGCAAGGGCGAGUGGGAAGGCGUCAAGCGUCGGUACUGGACUUUGGACAAAUACCGGCUGCCGACGUGCACAUUCCUGGGUUAA